GUUAAAUGCAGACAAAAAUGUGUAGAUAGCCUAUUAUCUGAGCAUUUAAUCUUUCUUAACAGUCUAAAUAAUGAUGUUACAGAAAAUGGACAUUACUGGACGUAUGUGAGAUUCUUGUGCAAAGUGGAAAGCGCUUAAGUGAAAACAGCAGGCUUAAUAAAUCUGUGAUUGAUAAAAGCUGCCAAACGGUCUCCUUAAAGAUGGUUAGAGCACCAGACUUAGGCUAUAUAGCCUACUUAAAAGAUAUGCAAUAUUUCCGUUUGCAUUAAUUUUGUUGAAUUGACAGAGAGGGUUAAAAAAUAAUCCGCCAUCAUCAUUUUUACACAUAGUUGAGGAAGAAGGUGAAGUGUAUUGUCUGUGACCGCAUUUGAGACACUCCACUGUCAUUCUAGCGCGGCAGCUCUCGACGAAACAUCAGCGACUCAAAACGAGAAACUACUACACAAAACCGCAGCAGAAGCCAUGACGUCUGCAGAUAACGUCGGACAUUAGCUACGUCGAAAAACACUGUUACUCUCACAGUGGGGUUUAACAGUACAGGGUUUUAUGUCCCCCUGCACUUAUCUUUCCAAUAAUUUAAAUGUUAUGUUGUUUAUAGUUUAGCUCAGUGCGCUAUCUGCAUUGCAACUAGGCAGCCUCUUUUAAAUUCGGCUUUAUUGCAAAAGACUUGCGAUCGGUAUGAAACGUUUUAGUUUUCUAAUUAUUGACAAUUGCCGCUUGAUAACCAGAUAUGCCUACUGUGUUGUUUGUUUGAUAUCCAGCUGCAAACUUUUAUCUGAACUGGCAAAUGAAUAAAUGCAUCUUCCACAGCUUCUAUUCACUUCUACUUGAAACGCUCCGUGAUCAUUCAGGCCAACGUUAUCAACUGUUUCAUAAGUGUGUGAGACAAAUGUUAACUCAUACAGUAUAAAACUAUGGCGACGUUUGUUUUUGUUUCCACAUCCUACUUGCUACAGUACCUAGCCGAUUCUGAGUACAAGAAGCCAUAUUGGUGUGUCACCAGUGUGGGAUACGUCAUUGGCUGGACACCCUACACUGUAACACGGAAGUAAAUGAGGAAACCAAGAAGCAGGCUGCAUAUAAACAAGACAAAAUCGUAGUCUAAAUCGACAAGUAUAAGGACGUAAUACAAACAGCUGGUUUUAGCACACUAGCUUACUAUUUGUCGUUGUCGAGACUACCAGCGCUCCAGUUUAAUUCCAACCCCGAAAUCGACAAAAGAUGGAGUUCCUGUUUGGAAAGAGAAAGACCCCAGAGGAGAUGCUGAGGCAGAACCAGAGAGCUCUGAAUCGAGCCAUGAGAGAUCUGGACAGAGAGAGGCAAAGACUGGAGCAGCAGGAGAAGAAAAUCAUUGCAGACAUAAAAAAAAUGGCCAAACAGGGACAGAUGGAUGCAGUGAAGAUAAUGGCCAAGGAUUUGGUUCGCACCAGGCGCUAUGUGAAGAAGUUUAUUAUGAUGAGGGCAAACAUUCAAGCUGUGAGUUUGAAGAUCCAGACUCUCAAAUCCAACAACAGCAUGGCACAAGCAAUGAAAGGAGUCACCAAAGCCAUGGCCACCAUGAAUAGACAGUUGAAGAUGCCUCAGAUUCAGAAGAUAAUGAUGGAGUUUGAGCGACAGAGUGAAAUCAUGGACAUGAAGGAAGAGAUGAUGAAUGAUGCAAUCGAUGAUGCAAUGGGAGAUGAGGACGAUGAAGAAGAGAGUGAUGCAGUUGUUUCCCAAGUGUUGGAUGAAUUGGGCUUGAAUCUCUCUGAUGAACUAUCAAACCUUCCAUCAACUGGGGGCAGUCUGUCAGUUGCCGGUGGAAAGAAAGCUGAACCACAAGCAGCACUGGCAGAUGCUGAUGCUGACCUGGAGGAGAGACUUAAUAAUCUCAGAAGAGACUGAGGGAGAAAUUGAAAUGUUUGAGCAGGUGUUACUAAUAUUUUGCAUAAGAUUGUAUUGGUAGUAAGUUGAUUUCUGUGCUGAACCUGGAUAAUAACAGAAAUGGAGCUGGUGGCUGAAGGAAAGUAUGAAAAAGGUAGGUGUUGUGGGUAUAUACAAGCAUGUAUGUGUAAGGAUACAGAGUAUACAUUGGGCUAGAUGUUUCAGUAUAUGACUUAGUUGAUGCAGUAUACUGUAAAACAAGAUCUGCCAAUAUUGUGCUUUACAGUAUACAGCUUUAAUAAAGAAGCAGUGAUGUAUGGACAGAUUCCAGUUACGUUCUUGUGUAUGCUGAAACAUCCUCUGUUCUGAAGAACACCAAAUAAUUUAAAUGUAUUUCAAAUGUAUUUUUCCACUCAUAUUUCCAUGCUACAUUUUGAGAGAUUAGAAUCAAAGGGUUUUAUCUGCUCAUCCCUUUUAAAAAAGCUUUUUCAAGGUUUAAAGUUUUCAAAUCCUAUUUCAGUUUUAUUUUAUAUUGCAUGUAUGCAUUUGCAGACUUCAAACUGAGAAAAGCAGAGGACCCUAUAUUUCUAAGCUUUUGAUUUGUAUUGUAGAAUUCUAAGGGGAUCCCACAGUAUAAUACUAGGCCCUCUACUAGAAGUUACCACAUAGUUUUUAUGCAAAUACACAGGGGUAAUGUCUCAUCAGGUUUCACUCCCUGGAAAUGACAAAAAGAAUUUGAAACAUGGAAAAAAAUGUAAAUUGAGAUGUUUGUUUGAGCUUCCCCUGAAAAAUGGGAACCAGGUCCUGUUCUGGACAAACUGCAAGAAAGAUCUUAUGUAAUAUUUCUGAGUAGGUGUAUUCAUCAGGGUUUAUUUAUGGUUUAAUGCAGUUAAAUCUAUUAUUUACUGUUUAUUACAAAUAUAUACACAUAAUUUACUCACUGCACACUGAAGCACUGUAUAACACGUACUGAAGAUGAGAUGGAGAGCAGCGGUGAAAUAAUGGCCUUCUGUUAGUUAUGAUAUUCUCUCAUGAAAUAUUACAACAAUCUCAGUGUGAUUGUCUUAGAUGAAGAGGGUGGUGGCGUUUUCACUUUUGGAUUUAUAUUAUAAAAAACUUUGGUGUGGUGGAUGUGUUCUUUGUUCAAUAAAGCUUUUACAGACAUCUGAAGCAUUUUUGGUGCCAAUGGAAGGAUAUAGUCCUGUCAUUUUUAGUAUUUUCCAAGAGUUUUUAAGCAGACCUGCACUGCCUUAUGCUCCACCAUUGAUAUCCUUGAUUCCUAUCUCAUUCUUACCCAACUGCUAGUUGAAGAUCAGCUGCCAGCCUCUGAGCAAUCAUGAUGAUAAUUUAACAUGCCCACCCGUUCGCUCACUUUUAGUGGGUUUACACAAUGGGUGGGCAUGUUGCAUGAUCACAGUGUUUGCUCAGAGGCUAGCGGUUUAUUGUCAAAGCUUGUUAGCAACUACCUUUUGUUUCUAAUGUCCAGUUUCAGUGCACUCCAUAUAGGAAAAACUGGUAUAAGAAUCAACCACAUAUAACAAUAAUCAAAAAACACAACAUCAUUACUAUAUCU